ACAGCACAUCACAUCAACCCCAAACAAGCCCUGUGCCCCGACCGCAAAUUGGAUCGGGGCUAGGAGCCUGACUGGUGCACCGCUGCUCGGCUUUUCUCUGCUUUGCUCUCUUCUCUCCCCUCUCUCGUAGAAUUCCUUCCGUCGGCCACAGGAGCCGUCGAUUCAUCUUUUUUUUAGUGGUUUUCUGGUUGUAGUCAAGCAUGAGACAGAGGAAGAAGGCAAAUGAUGUGAAGCAAAAAGAUAGAAUUACAGAUCCUAAUUCUUUUGGAGAGAGACCGGGAGCCUCGGUUUUUAAUCCAGCUUUCUCGUCGAAGAAUGUAUUCUUGAUUUGUCUGGCUGUGCGCAUGGCAAAUGCUUUGAUGGUGCAGACAUAUUUCAAUCCAGACGAGCAUUGGCAAGCCCUAGAAGUUGCUCAUCGUAUCACGUUCGGAUAUGGAUAUUUGACUUGGGAAUGGGAGAAGGGGAUCAGAAGUUACCUGCAUCCCAUGUUGUUUGCUUUCCUUUACAAUGUUCUUGCCUUAUUUCGUCUUGAUGCGCCAUGGAUCAUGAUUAAAGCUCCAAGGAUGUUCCAAUCAAUUUUUUCUGCAGUUGGUGAUCUUUACAUUUACAAACUGUCUCAUGUCCUAUUUGGCAACCAUGUAGCACAAUGGGCACUCUUUUCACAGUUGACCAACUGGUUUAUGUUUUUUUGCAUCAAUCGUACAUUAUCAAAUAGUUUGGAGACUGUUCUUACACUUGUGGGCCUUUACUAUUGGCCCUGUAUAAGAGUGUCUUCCAGCAAAGUUCCCUUAGUCUCGAGAAAGUGGGGUUUGGUUGUUGCAGCAUUAACAUGUGCCAUUCGACCAACAAGUGCUAUUACAUGGGUUUAUGUUGGCCUCUUGGAGCUGCUUCUGACACGUCAUAGACUAAAGUUUGUUUUCCUUGAGGUGAUUCCUAUUGGGCUAAUGAUGAUUGCACUAUCAUGUUUGUUGGAUCGUUUGAUGUAUGGAUCAUGGGUGUUAGUACCCCUUAAUUUCUUGAAGUUCAAUUUUCUUUCUUCUGGUGGAGACUACUAUGGAACUCACCCAUGGCACUGGUACUUCACUCAGGGAUUUACUAUUAUGCUAUUCACUUUUCUCCCAUUCUCAAUAGCUGGCAUUAUCCUGUCUAAACAAUGGAAGCUGUUUGGACUUAUUUCAUGGGUUCUUGGACUUUAUAGUGUCCUAGGCCACAAAGAGUUCAGGUUUGUUCUUCCUGUGCUUCCGAUAGCUCUGAUUUUCUCUGGAUAUUCACUAGCAACAAUUGGAAAGGCUAAUUCAUCAUAUAAACCGAAAGGACCUCCUGGGAUUCACAGGAAAAAGCCUUUAAAAAUGCAUUUGGCUGUUCUUUUCCUGCUUGCCUCCAAUCUUCCAAUGGCUUUGUACCUGAGUCUGGUUCAUCAGAGAGGAACAGAAGAUGUUAUGAACUAUCUUUCUGUUGAGGCUCUUAACGGGAAAGUGGAAAAUAUCCUUUUCCUAACGCCCUGCCAUGCUGCACCUUACUACUCUACUCUCCAUCGCAACAUUCCCAUGCGUUUCUUAGACUGCUCACCAAGUGGAGAGAAGGGAGUUUUAGAUGAGUCGGACCGGUUCAUGAUGGACCCAGUUGGUUUUGCAUCAGAAUUUGCAAAAAAUUGGUCUUUACCAAGUCAUAUUGUUCUAUUUGAUUCACAAGAGAAAUUACUCGAGGACUUUUUAGCAUCUCAUUCUUUUCAAGAGGAAAGAAGGUUUUUCCAUGCUCACUUCAAGGUUGAUCGAGACCUUCAAGCAUCGGUGGUUGUAUAUUCCUUCAGAGGUCAUUAAUGCAGUCACAAUGGCAUGAUCCUCCCAUGCCUGAUCAUGUCUAGUAUGCCAUUAAUGGGCUUAUGAAAAGAGUCAAAGGAGCUUGAGAAGGAGAGGAAGAGCUUGAAGAGAAAAUUGAUGCUUUGUAUUUUCUUGUUGCUUAUUGUCAGUUAGCUAUAUUAGAAUGCCAAUAUUUGGGAAAUGUAGGUCUUAUAUCCUGUCAGGUCAAGUCUAGAAUUAUAUGUAAGGAAACUUUAAAUUGACUUUAUAUUGUAAACAUGAAGCUGAACUUGUUUGUAUUGGAUUAUGUAAUCAAAAAAUUCAAUCC